AUGGUCCUCCCUCGCUCCACAUUCUUCCGCACGCUGUUCACGGCCCGGCAGUCCACGAGAAUAGCCGGCUCGCGAGCUUCUUCCAGGGUUUGGCAACAGGCCACGAGAAGAACAUAUGCGUCUGGCGGUGGUGAAUCUAAGAAAAGCAGUGACUUGCCAUGGAUAAUUGGCUCUCUCGUAUUCACAGUGCCAGCCGCCAGCUUCCUGCUUGCCGAUGGUCCCAAAAAACCCACCCACUCUGAACUACACAUGCCGACUCACAAGGACACCGAAGAGGUACAUAUAUCAGAGAAGCAGGCUGCAAGUGAAGUUGAAGAAGAGGAAGAAAAGGACAAGACCGAACCAGAACGUGACUCUGCCCCCUCACCAAAGGAAUCAGACCAAUCCGUACGCGGUGGCCAGGGGGAGGCGAAGGAAGCUUUAGAGGAAACCUCUGCUUCUGGGUCUACGAAGGAUGCUGAAGAUGCCUCCGCAAAAAAGAUGGAGUCGGAGAAGAAAGAGGUGUUUCUCCACCCUAGCGCUACAUCAUCCCAUGUCAAUGCCACUCUCUCCUCCACCCUAUCCUCCACCCCUUCUUCCACACAAACAACACACUUCAACCUGGCAAACCUAGUUGACUUUUCCUCCGAGACCGCUGAAAAGGAAACCCCCACACAGAAACGUCCUGAAAAGGACGAGGCAAAACCCUCCCACGCUUCCGGCGCGGACACUUCGGCCGCAAAAUAA